UUUUAUCUUCUUCUCUUUGGCAAAACGCUUUGCGAUUUCUCUUGUAUCACACAUUAUACGGAACAUCAAGGGACAAGAUUUCUGAAAAUAUCGCUUUUACUCACGUAAGAAUGAAAACACAGUUUAUUCGAGCAAACAUUAUUGCAGAGUUGUCGCCGUUUGUAUUACCAGACUACCACAUUUCCUAUCAGAAUAUUCGUCAGUUUUACGCGGGACCGUUUUACGUAAAACCGAAAGAUGGUUCUUCUCUUUUCUGUUUGCUUUUGCAAAGGCUGAUUUCUGUCUGCAUACACCGUUGUUGGUGUGCAGCAAAAUCGCAGCUUCGCGGGAACUUCACUCGCUGAAUGUUAAUUAUCAAUCCGGAUUCUUCUAAAGAUAUAUAAUCGGUAUUUCAUAUUCUCUCAUGCUUUUUUUUUCUCCGUAAUUAAUCGAGAAGCGAAUUUUCCUCAUACGGGGUGAUCGUAAAAAAUUUUCUUUCCUUCGCGUUUCACUUUUUGUAACUUGAGAUCUGCAAUUUGAACGAAAACGACGGCCGACCGAUGCUGGCAGUAAGUCGGAGGAUAUACUCUCGAUAGUGUAUUCUAAAUAUCGCAUGCAUGAUUGAUGUUUAAUAGCCCAACAACAUAGUACAACGUAUAUACGCUGUGUCGCAAGAUUCCAUCUUUGGCUGAUGAAGCUUUAAUACUGAUUCGGUGGUAGACUGCAUUAUCGCAAUCGACACCGCGCGGUAUUCCGGCGCUGUGGUUUACGGCGGAUACUGCGCUCGGAAGUAGGAACCAUUUCGCCCAAAAUACGCUAUUAUUAGCGUACGACGUAAACGAUCGCGUAAUACGAUAAUCAGUGAGAAGUUGGAAUGCGAUUAUUAAUGCCGAGCGUCGUUCACGUGAUUAGCGGAUCGAAGCAUAUAUGACCGGCCUCACGAAGACGCCGGCUUAACUUUCAGCGUAGUUUAACUUACUUUCCGUCUCUUUCUAAUCCUAGUUCAGGAAGCGGGCAAAGAGUUAGAGAAACUAAGGUUGCAGCCGAUCGACUCACCGGCCGCCGGGCGACUCACGAGCCGUUACUCAUCAAGGAUUAAUGCGCUGUGUUUCGUCUCGUAGCCAAGAGAUAAUAAUGACGUCAACGAAGACACCAACAAGCGUCACCGCCACCAUCACGACGACGAUAAUAAUAACAACAACGAGGACGAAGUCAAGAACGACAAGAGGCAUAGCGAUUUGCGGCGAGUCUCGUGGUGAAUGAGGUCCUGGCGAGUCCUUAGACGCCAAACAUCAAGUGAUAACCGAGCAAAUUCACUUCAGUGCAAAGUCGACGCUCAUGGAGUCUCAUCGGUCGUGGCCACUAGUGGCAGGCGAGUAGUCGAAUUACUCGCGCCUGUGAACCUUGAGAACACAAAGGACACGAGAAGCGUCGAAGGGUUCGCGUCAACGUGAAAGCGCGCGAACGAGAAAGACGAUAUAAUCGACCGGCGUGCAGCAUCGAGGACACGACGAUUGUGCCCAAUCAUGAGUUCCUGGAUGAACUGCCCGUCCUCAUUGCUGCUGUUGCUGCUGGGCCUGAGCUUACACAGCGCAUGCAUCACGCGGGCCAAUGUCGCCGGGCAACAUGGCAGCGGCGGCGGCGGCGGUGGUGGCAACGGAGGCGGUGAACCUGGUCGCGAUCCGCUGGUGGUGGAGACCAGCAGUGGUCUGAUGCGCGGCUUCUCCCGCACGGUGCUCGACCGCGAAGUCCACGCUUUCUACGGAGUGCCGUUCGCGAAGCCGCCGAUCGGGCCGCUGCGCUUCCGCAAGCCAGUGCCGAUCGAGCCUUGGCAUGGCAUCUUAAACGCGACCACGUUGCCCAACAGCUGCUACCAAGAGCGCUACGAGUACUUCCCCGGCUUCGAAGGCGAGGAGAUGUGGAAUCCGAACACGAACAUCUCCGAGGACUGUCUCUACCUGAACAUUUGGGUGCCGCAGAAGCUGCGUCUGCGCCACAAGGGCUCCGAGCCAGGGAGUAGCUCCGGCAACAACGGCAUGGCGAUCUUGGUGUGGAUCUAUGGUGGCGGCUUCAUGAGUGGCACUGCUACCCUCGACAUUUACGACGCUGACAUCAUGGCCGCAGCUAGCAACGCGAUCAUCGCGUCGAUACAGUACCGGGUAGGCGCGUUCGGCUUCCUCUACCUGAACCAGCACUUCAGCAAGGGUAGCGAAGAAGCACCUGGCAAUAUGGGCCUCUGGGAUCAAGCGUUAGCGCUUAAGUGGUUGCGCGAGAAUGCGCCCGCUUUCGGUGGCGACCCCGACCUCAUUACGAUCUUUGGCGAGUCUGCAGGCGGCAGCUCCGUGUCCCUCCUCUUGCUCUCGCCGGUCACGCAGAACCUGGUGCGUCGCGGCAUUCUUCAAAGCGGUACCCUUAACGCCCCGUGGAGCUACAUGAGCGGCGAAAGGGCGAAUGAGGUGGCGCGCGUGCUUGUGGACGACUGUGGAUGCAACUCGACGAUGCUCCAGGAGAACCCGGCGCGAGUCAUGGCCUGCAUGCGCUCGGUCGACGCCAAAACCUUGUCCGUGCAGCAGUGGAACAGCUACAGCGGCAUCCUCGGUUUCCCGUCUGCGCCCACCAUAGACGGCAUCUUCUUGCCCAAGGACCCGCUGGAGCUGGUACGGGAGGCGGUCUUCGAGAAGACCGAGGUCAUGAUCGGGAACAACCAGGACGAAGGAACAUACUUCAUCCUGUACGACUUCAUCGACUUCUUCGAGAAAGAUCACGCCAGUUUCCUGGACCGGGACAAGUUUCUCAAUAUCAUCAAUACUAUCUUCAAGAACAUGUCGCAAAUUGAGAGGGAGGCCAUCAUUUUCCAAUAUACCGACUGGAAUCGGAUAAACGAUGGCUACCAGAAUCAAAGAGCGAUAGCGGACAUCGUGGGCGAUUACUUCUUCAUCUGCCCGUCCACGUACUUCGCGGACUUAUUCGCGGCUCGCGGCAUGAAGGUCUACUAUUACUUCUUUACGCAGAGGACGAGCACCAACGUGUGGGGCGAAUGGAUGGGCGUGAUACAUGGUGACGAAGUGGAGUACGUCUUCGGGCACCCGUUGAACACGUCUCUGGUGUACACCGACAAAGAGCGAGAGCUGGCAUUGAGAAUCAUCCUCUACUACUCGCAAUUCGCAUAUACAGGGUUGCCGACGGUGGAGGAGUCCGACUGGCCGCCUUACAGCAAGAACCAUCCGCAGUAUUUUAUCUGGAACGCGGAGAAGAGCGGCUUCGGCAGAGGUCCCCGCACGACAGCCUGUGCAUUUUGGAACGAGUUCCUGCCGCGAUUGAAGAGAGUUCCCGAUCCAACACCCGAGGCGUGCAACAGCGUGAUGGCGUCGAGCAUCUCCGCGGGCGUCGAUGAGCUGCGUGCAUCACCAAUCGCGUCCAUUCUCUUGCUUCCGAUGCUGGCGAUAUAUAGACUCGUAUAAAGCGGUCGCUUGUUCAUCCGUGUCGACGAAUCCCUUCUCACGGCUGGCAAGUACUUGGCUGGAUGGAAACGCUCCGCUGGCGCCACCACCGGCAGACAAACAAGAUCCCGUAGCAAGCGUUGUCUUACUCUUCGAGGUCGCAUUUAGCGUCGUCAAAAGCACUCGUAGAGAUCGAUAGGUCGCUGUCGUCAUCGUCGUCGUCGUCGUCGUCGUCAACGUCGCCGUCAACGUCGACGUCAUCACCAUCGUCGUCGUCGUCGUCGUCUUCGUCGGCGCCGUCGCCAUCGUCGCCAUAGGACUGUAACGCUACCGCUGCUGCAACACGACGGUAGGUUCGUUUUCAUCAGCAGCCGCGUCGUCAUCACCGCGUCAGAGCAGCGCGACGUUUUGCGAAUGAUAAUCAGCAGCUCUACCAAGCCCAGCACCGAUCGAUCGAGCUGCGCGAUCUGCGAUUACCCGAGAAUCGCCAUGAUCGACAAAGGGGAAGGGGAGGGAGGGGAAGGAAACACAAAAAGAACAAAAACCCCAAAAGAAGCCAUGAGAGCGAUCGACGCUGCUGCGGGGCUCUUUCAAUUGCGAUGGCUCGCCCAACAACUUUGCCGCCAAGCGACUUCUCUAAUUCGAUCUCCGCCGGAUUUUUCUGCUGCUACUUCUCUUUUCGGUCGUUCGUCCACCGGUGACCUUCGGAAGCCGUGGAUGCGAUCAACCAGCGCGAGAUACCUCUAUCUGUGCUGACAGGUACACAUCGAUCCAGUGACUAAAGUUAUGAUCGAUACUCGCCGGUUUGAUCGUUGGAGCUGAUGACGGGUUGAUGGGAAGCAGAAGGCUGUCGUAAUCAGUCACACACCAUCGCCAGCGGCUCGUUCGUCCCUCCGCUCGCGCACCAGCGCAGCCCACGAUUAUCUUCGUGGGGAUUAUUGAAAUGGAAUUUAAAUCGGGGGCACCCAGAGCCACGCUGGCGGCGGUAGGACACGCGCGAAGGAAAUUAUCCGGCGGUUGGAUUGACGAUUAAACGGAGCGACCUCUCGCGAGUCGUCGCAAAUCUGGUGGAUCUGGGAAGCGCAGGUGGGGACGAAUGAGCCGGCUCGAUCUCUCUCUCGAGCAACGCAGCAACGGCAACGGCAACAGCAGCAGCAGCAUCAUCCCGCGGCGAUCGCACGAGGUUUAAUGGAUUACAUAAUCGACGAUCGGGCGCGGCCGCAAUUUCGGGAUUCUCGCCGGCGUCCUCGCGGGAUCAGAUUAAACGAGGGGAGAUCAGCUGCGGGAUUUAUUGCGCCGCGGCAAUAAACUCGCUAAUGCGCCUUGUAACGGAGCACCGCUGUUAAGCCGCGCCUGGGCCCCGCGCGCAUGCGCGCUUGCGAGCACGCUCCUCGUUAUCGACUGAGCGAACAGCUGCGGCCGGCCUCGCGAUAUCUCGGUGAUUGCAAACCUGAUUUCUCGCGCAACCAACCUACCACUACUAUUGACUACUAUUAUUAUGACUAAACCGCUGAUCUGCUAUUGCUGCUGCUGCUGUUGUUGCUGCUGCUACUGCUGAUGCUGCUACUGCUGCUACAGACAAGUAUACAGGCGAGGUAUCAAUUUCAUGGCGGAGAGCGACAAGAAGGAAUUAAUUCUCUGCUGCAAGAACGUUAAAUAGCGUAUAGUCGCUGAAAAUUAUUGGCGACGGGGGUAGGUUAAAGAACGCGAUUAUAUCAGCGGCCCGAUAAACGGUAGCGCAAGACGAUUAAUCUCACGUCAAUCUUCGGUGCGGGCGCGAGUCAAUCUCGGCCGUUCGUCUCGGAGACGUUCAUGAACAUCGCCCGGGCGUUCGACGAAGGCGCAAGAAAGCAGUUGGAUCUAGGCUAAGCCGGUGGCGCGCGGGAUCGACGCGCGACCAAGUAAGAGGGUGACGUCGGUCCCGUGAAAUAUUAAUGAUGCGUUAAUGACGUCUGUAACGGCAAUAAUGCGUUGUUGAUAUGCCAUUUGAUGUCAUUAUAUUCUCUGGGGACCUGUCGGAACGAGGACGAAUGCGCGUUUUUGUAAUCGUGAGACAGUCUCUGUAUUUGUGUGUCUUAUGCGAAAGCUAUUGACGAUAAGUGACCUCGGAUGUUUCAGGUGAAGCAGAAUGAUCGUACUUUUUCAUGUCUUUUUAAUUUUAUGAAACAACGUAUGCGUAGCUUCGAUAUCUACGAUCUUUCUCCAAUCUUGAUUGUACGUUGUUUUAUAGAAAUAUAACGACAUAAAAAUAUAAUUACAUUAGACUGGUUUUUAACUAGCUAUCUUUGUUAAGAUUACCGGGGUUUGUAUAUUUCUAAAGAUCCCAUAUAUUUUCGAAAUUAAAUAAACAUAACGUAAAAAUCACAUACAGAAAUAGCUCAGUUCCUCAAUAAUCUCAAAAAAGACGAAAAGCCUCUGCUAAAUAUUCGGAAUUUCUAUAUAAUUCUUUGCUUAUUGACAAAGUUUACACGAAAAGAAACUGUAAAGAUUGUUAGCGCAAGCAUGAAAAACUAUUAAUCUGCAAUCAGGCUAAAAUAUAUAUACAGGAUAUAUAAAAAGUACCGAGCGAAAUACCUCAAAUACUAAGCUUAUACAAAAUUUUUAGAAAAAAUGUUUCAGAGAAAAAUUGUACGGUUUCAGGAGAGAACAUAAAACAAUUAUACCAUUCCGUUUACAGAGG